AUGUAUUGGAGCAAAAAACAUUCAAUUUCAACACCUUAUUUCAGAAGUAUAAUGCCUUGUAAUAGAUUUUAUGAAAUACACAAGUUUCUGCAUUUUGUAGAUAAUGAAGAUUUUGAUUGUAACACACAUCCAAAUCUUAAGCUGUAUAAAGUCUGCCCAGUGUUACAGCACCUGAAUGAAUUGUUUCAAAGAGCUGUAACUCCUGGACAUGAUAUUGUAAUUGAUGAAACGCUUUUCAAAGGUCGUUUAGGAUGGCGACAAUAUAUGCCAAAAAAGAGAUCCCGUUAUGAAGUAAAAUCAUAUUUAUGUGAAUCAAGUUCAGGGUGUAUAUGGUCACAAAUUAUACAUACUGGAAAAGGUAUGGUUUUUGAUGCAAAAUAUAAAGAUCUGCCCCAAUCAGUUCAAGUUGUGAUCAAAUUGUUAUCAAGCCUCUUCUAA